AUGACCGGCGAAUCCGGUAAAACGCCACCGGUAAAAGCGGAUGCAACAACGGCACAAGUCGAUGAGAAAGCCAAAUUUGCCGUACCGGAUUGGGCAACCCGACCACCGGCAGGGUCACACCUUGAUGUCUGUAAAGGAGAUCAGCUGAUUCAGAAGCUGAUGAUCGACGAGAAACCGGCUUAUUAUUUUGGCCGUAACCCUAAACAAGUUGAUUUUGCUGUUGAGCAUGCCUCAUGUUCACGGGUCCAUGCACUUUUGAUGUAUCAUGGCGUCUUGAAACGAUUUGCUUUGGUGGAUAUGGAAAGUAGUCAUGGUACAUUCCUUGGGAACGUGCGAUUAGAACCAUUGAAAGUUGUGUUUGUUGACAUCGGAAUACCUUUUCAUUUUGGAGCAUCUACGAGAAGAUAUACGCUUCGAUUGAGAAUUGUGCAAUCAAAGGAAAACGAAGACGAAGAGAAAGAGAAGAUGCCCAGCGAACAGGAGUUGGAGAAUGUAACCGAAUACAACACGGCUUUGAAUCGGCGAAUACCCCAGCUUCCAAUUUCCGCCGAAGAGGCACGCCGUAAAAAACGUCCUCGCGGCAAUGUUGCCUUUAUCGAACAAGAGGAGAUUAUUAAUCCAGAGGAUGUUGAUCCCAGUAUUGGGCGUUUCCGAAAUCUCGUAGCUACUGCCAUCAUUUCCAACAAUCCAAAUAAGAGAACAGCACCUGCCACCAAAGGUCAAGAACCUCCGCGAAAGAUCGUGCGACCGUUUCGUGACGUUUCGUUGGCAUCACCAAUGUGUUCGACAUUGGGCGGUAUGUCCUUGAAUGCAGCUCCUGAUCUAGAGUUGUACAGUAAGACAUUACCUGAACCAGGACAACAUAAUUUGCAUCCACAUAUGAUCCCAAUGGACAGCGAUGAACCGCAUAAGAAGAAAUACGCGAAGGAAUCCUGGCCUGGACGAAAGCCAACAUCGGGUGUUUUGUAG